UGUGUGUAUGUGUAUUUUUACGAUGAAGAUCGAAUAGUUGGGAAAAAUCAAAUCUUUUGGUAUUGGGGUGUGCAGAUUUUUGGAGAAGAUGAUGAUGAAAGUAGCAGCGUUUCUGGGAAUGAUGAUGAGUAGUGCAGUAAUGGCGGCGCAGUAUGAUUAUGGGGACGCCUUGUCGAAAAGCAUUCUGUUCUUUGAAGGGCAGAGAUCUGGAAAGCUGCCUUCUUCUCAACGCAUGACUUGGAGGAAGGAUUCUGCUCUUCAAGAUGGUGCUGAUAUGGGUGUGGACUUGGUAGGAGGAUACUAUGAUGCCGGUGACAAUGUAAAAUAUAAUUUUCCAAUGGCAUAUUCCACCACAAUGCUGGCAUGGAGUGUGUUGGAGUAUAGAAAAGGAAUGGGAUCAGAUUUGCAGGCUGCAAUGGAUGCCAUCCGGUGGUCAACAGACUAUUUGUUGAAGGCAACUGCCAAACCAAACCUGGUUUUUGUUCAGGUUGGUCAGGCCCAGGCUGAUCACAAUUGUUGGGAACGCCCUGAGGACAUGGACACACCUCGUACGGCCUUCGCCGUCACCGACAAAUCCCCUGGCUCCGAGGUUUCUGCUGAGAUUGCCGCCGCCUUAGCCGCCGCAUCCAUGGUUUUCAAGAAAUCUGACACUCCUUAUUCCACACUCCUGCUUCAGAGAGCUUCCCAGGUUUUUGAAUUUGCAGAUAAGUUCAGAGGCUCUUACAAUGACUCUCUUGGGCAAUGGGUUUGCCCUUGGUAUUGUGACUACAGUGGCUAUCAGGAUGAGUUGCUCUGGGCAGCAGCAUGGCUCUUAAAAGCCACAGGACAACCUCUUUACUGGAACUAUGUCAAAGGGAACAUCAUAAAUUUUAGACCACAAAUUGAAAGAGCCAUAUCUGAAUUUGGAUGGGACUCCAAGCAUGCUGGUAUAAAUGUGCUUAUCUCCAAGUUUGUUCUUAAAAAUAUCAACAAUUUCAUCCCAUAUAUUCCUUAUGCUGAUAAAUUUGUCUGCAACGUACUGCCCGAAUCGCCUCUGAGAUCAGUAUCAUACACACCAGGUGGACUUUUGUACAAAUCUAGUAUUUGCAACAUUCAAAGCACGACAUCUAUAUCAUUUCUUAUUCUAACAUACGCCAGAUACCUUAAAAAAUCCAAAAGAAUAGUUGACUGCGGUAACGGCGUUACUUUAACUCCGACAAGGCUCAUGCAGUUCGCGAAAACACAGGUGAACUAUAUCCUAGGAAGCAAUCCGGCGAACAUGUCGUACAUGGUCGGAUACGGCGAAAGAUUCCCUCAGAGAAUUCACCACCGCGGCUCGUCGUUGCCGUCGGUUGACCAGCAUCCACAACGUAUCGAAUGUAAAGAAGGGACGCCAUAUUUUCAGACUGGAAACCCAAACCCUAAUUUGCUGAUCGGAGCUGUGGUCGGAGGGCCGGAUAUGAAUGAUAAAUUUUACGAUGAUAGAGUCGACGCCGCGCAUUCAGAGCCCACUACAUACGUUAACGCGCCGCUUGUCGGCCUCUUGGCUCAUUUCAAUAAACAUCCUAGAAUGUAG